UGGACAUCUUCCAAUUCGAGAUAAUCUGUGGUCCGCUCCAUGUCUAUACGUCGAAAAUCUGAGCUCCCCUAAAACUCAGAAUAAAAUUGUCACUUCAAAUGACCACAAUCAUGGUCAUCGCCUCGCCAAUCUCAACCUCCACGUUCUUGUGCACAUCUUCAGUUAGCUCAAAAUCAGUGAGCUGCUCUUUGUCUCCUUUGAUUUCAUAUCCCAGAGCCUCCAGUAUCCGGUUCUCCACGUUGUUUCCACAGUUGGGGUCAGCUUAUUUUUCUCCGUGGAGUGGUCUCAAGCAUCUGGGCAUUUCAAUCUCGCCCCAAUCUCUUAAACUAGAGAAAAGGGGAAGAUGCAAAGGUAGGGUGGUUCAUGCAUCUCUGUUCGGGGUUGGAGCUCCUGAGGCUCUGGUUAUUGGGGUAGUUGCUUUGUUGGUGUUUGGUCCCAAGGGUCUGGCUGAGGUUGCUCGGAAUCUGGGAAAAACAUUGCGUGAAUUUCAACCCACCAUUAGAGAACUUCAGGAAGUUUCAAGGGAAUUCAAGAGCACCCUUGAGCGGGAGAUUGGUCUUGAUGAAAAGCCAAGUUCAACACAAAAUACACUGAAAAGAAACAGCCCCUAUAUAAGUAAUUCUAUCCCAACCCCUUCACCAGUUACCAACACUGAGGAAUCUGGCACCAAGGCUGACCCCAAUGGUACUCCAUCCGUGAACAAGGCUUAUACUAGUGAGGAGUACCUAAAGGUCACAGAGGAGCAGCUAAAAGCUUCUGCUUCUCAACAGCAGGACCAGACUGCCUCUCCUGCUGAAAGCCGGUUGGAAUCCCAAAAUCAACAAGAAGCUACUGCCAAAGAAACUGCCUCUGCAAUGCCUCCAUCUCAGAAACCUGAAAGCGAGACGUGAAAUCCCAUGAAAUGGAGAAUGAAGGAGUUGUCUAAUCUAUUAGUUUUACAGAAGCCUCAGAGCAAGGGAUGAAACCUCCUGAAAAAUGUGGAGAAAGAAAUGCCAAAGUUUGUCAUCUUUUUCCAUCUUAAUUUUGGUUAAAUAAUGUAGAAUAGUUCCUGCAAAUCUCUGUAGUCACCAAGAGUAAUUUUACAACAUAAUUGCGUAUCAAGUACCAUUGCAGAGGAGGAAUUCUGACUUUUGGGAUAAUGAACGUGAAUCUUCUUUGGUUCGUUUGUUCA